AUGAAGAACCUCACCAAGAUUACUGCUCUUAUUCUUGUGGGUCUAACAAACCAUCCACCAACCAUGAAUGGACUUUUUGUCCUCUUUCUUCUAAUCUAUUUAAUCACUGUGACUGUAAACCUCCUUAUUGUUGUCUUGGUCUUUUAUGACUAUCAUCUGCACAACCCAAUGUAUUUUUUUCUUGCCAACUUAGCUCUCAUAGAUGUGUCUUUCUUGUCAGUCGCGGCACCAAAGAUGCUCUUUGACUUGGUCACCAAAAGCGGAUCAAUAUCCAUCUCUGCCUGCAUAGCCCAAGUAUUUUUCUUUCUCUUCUUUGUCAGCUCAGAGCUCCUCUUACUCUCGGCUAUGUCCUAUGACCGUUACGUUGCCAUCUGUCACCCCCUACAUUACACACAAAUGAUGUCUUGGAGAGUCUCUGCUCAUAUGGCUGCUGCAGUUUUUGUGAUUAGCUGUCUUUACUCUUUAAUCCAUACCCUCCUUUUGCUCAGGUUGUCCUUUUGUGGUCCUAAUAUCAUUUACAACUUCUUUUGUGACCUUCCAAACCUGUUCCAGAUCACAUGCAUAGACCCCUUCAUAAACAUGUUGGUUGAACGCAUAGUAGGUGGUGGUUAUGGAUUAGGAGCCUUUGUUUGUACAUUGCUUCCAUAUGUCCGUAUUUUCAUUACCAUUCACAAAAUGGGUAACAUAACUGGGAAGCUAAAAGCUUUUUCAACCUGCACAUCACACCUUGCUGUGGUCUUCAUCUUCUAUGUCUCAUUAAUUGUUAUUUAUAUGGUUCCCACCUCUAGUAAUAUUCUUAUUAUAAACAAAUUGCUUUCAGUCACAUCUGCCCUCAUAGACCCCUUGCUGAAUCCUCUGAUCUACAGCCUGAGAAACAAAGAUCUUCAUGCGGCAUUCCUGAGGACUUUUAAUUGGCAAAAAAUAAACCAAGAAUGA